AAUGAAUUCGGAUCGAGUCGUCAGAGCUCGGGUUCCCUUACAUUAUUAUUAUUAUUAGUAAACAAAUAGAAUAAGAUAAUUAUACAAUAUACAUACAAGUCGACUUGACUCACGUAGAAACUUUUGUUACUCGAGUUGACCGAGUAAAAGUAUUCGAGUCGUCUUGUCACAUCACUACUUGUGUUGUCCUUUACUUUCUGACUGUUAAUGUUUCUGUUGUGCUAUAAACAAAAACUGUAGGAAGGAAGAGAAGGUUAUAACCUCUCAUUCGUCAUAGCAAUAUCAUGGUAAACCAUAAAUGUAUAGGUUAUGCAUUCAUCAAUAAAAUAAUCAUUUAAUAGUAACUCAAAUCAUCAUCCUAAUGGAUCCCAGCAAGAAGGUCCAGACAAGUAAAGCCCUAUCUUGGUUGCUGAGGCAUGGAGCUGUACAAGAACGCUUGCAAAUAGGAUCUGAUGGGUUUGUAUCCAUUGAGCAGAUUCUUCAACAUCAACGCUUUAGAGGGAAGUGCACCUUGAUGGACAUAGAAGAUAUUGUGAGAACUGAUAAAAAAAUUAGAUUUACUCUUCAAACUAAUAAAGAAACUGGAAAACUCGAGAUUAGAGCUAAUCAAGGCCAUUCUAUUACUAACCUGGAUGGGCUAGAACUAGAGCCUAUCAGAAGCUCCGCUGAGCUGCCAAACGGUUGGGCGGUUCAUGGAACCUACCACUCUGUUCUACCAAAUAUCAGGUUACAGGGCCUCAGUCGCAUGUCUAGGGUCCACAUCCACCUCUCCCCUCAUGAGCCCGGAGAUCACAGAAUCAUCAGUGGCCUUAGACCCAAUGUCCAGGUCCUGGUCUACGUUGACGUAGACAAAGCUAUUUUAGGUGGCAUCAGUUUCUUCAAAUCUGCAAAUGAUGUAAUAUUAAGUGAAGGCAAUUCUUCAGGAUUAAUUGAACCAAAAUAUUUCUUAAAAAUAAAGGAUAUAAGAACAGGUGAGAACUUACUUUGAAGUUGAUGUGGACCUCGCACUUCUCGGAUAUUGUGAGUAUAGCACAACCUGCUGGGGGAGUAGUAGCAGUGAGGUUGAGCUGGCUGCAGUACGCUAAGGUCGUGAUCGCUAGUGAGAAGCGUACUAGUGUGUCCUUCACAAUCUCAUCAUUGCACUUGACAUAUGCUAUAACAACAUUGUCAUCAUUAUGAUUUACAAAAAUAAUAAAAUGUUUAUGAACAUGUUAA